UCGCCAUGGUCGGAGGUCUCGUCUACUGUAUACGUAUCCUAAAAGGCUCCCAGGUCCAGCUGGGUUUCUCCCCUUGGAUAACCUUCCCAGGGUUCCUGUUACUAGCCAUGGGAGCAUCAAUGGUCAGUUUCAGUUCAAGGACAGUCUUCUUCCCGGUGGACACCAUAGGCGACGAAAAGGACCCGGAUCUAUCGGAUUCUCCGACGGGCGAGUUGCCCGGAUCUACAGCCUCCAUAGAAAUGAAAAGAGUUGAGGACAAUAGCAAUAAGAAACCGGAUAGGGACACGGGAACCAGCUCUGCUAAAAACUGACAGGUGUAGAAAAAAAUCGGAAAAAUCAAACUAUUCGAUAUAUGACAGUCUGAUGACAGAUUUAACUUUUAACAUAACUCACACUAAUCCAUUCUUUUAUCCUUUCUUCUGGGGCUCAAGAAGACAUUAAUUUCUGAGUUUAUUGAUUAGGAAAAAAUAAAGGUCUUUGUACGGGAAAACAAGGAGGGUUGUCCACCUUGCGACUCAGUAGAGCAGAGCAAGAUACGGCCGUCAUUUAUAGAUGUAUAUUCACAACUUGGUGUAUUCAGAAAAGCAAGUACAUGUACAUGUUUGUUGAUAAUGUUGUUACUAGUCAUCAAAAAAGAAAAAAAAAAACAAAACAUCCUUAAACGACCAUUGCCCUAUUAUACAAAAACCCUUAUCGUAGAAAAACAGGAACAAAAGGGGAAAAUCUCCCCAAAAUGCUGCCCACGAAAUAACAAAAAAGACAGAAGCAACGAACAAUAUUGUAAUUCAACGUUUUUCUAACCUAAUGGCGUUUUUUACUUAAGAUUACUCAAAGGAAAAAUCACUGAAAGGAAAAGAAAUACGAAAAAUGGUUUAAUACGUAGAUCUAGCUCUUCGCCCAAUAAAUGAUAUUUCAUCUUUCUGCGGAACAGAUUCUUGUAAAAUUAUUUUCCUCGAAGGGUACCUUCAGCCAGUUGCAAAAA